UCCGGUGUAGAAGCCGGGAACAGUGUGACCCUCAAGAGGGGUCAGAAUUCACAAAAAGAUAUAUUAAUUACUGAUAAUUGCGGGCUGUGAACUACAGGGUUGAUUUGGAGGAAGAAAUGGAAACUAUUAAUGGAGACUUCGAAAGGGAUGGGCCGCCGCCUCCCAGUCCCCUCACGGGGUGCUAUUUGUUAAUUGUUGUGGGGGAGCCGCACAGCGAGGAGCAUAGGGACAUCGUCCUGCAGAGGAUUGUAAAAGGGCUUCUUUCCUGGAACGUAAACCAAUGCCUUGUGGAUUUAGAAAAGGAACUUGAAUUGAUAUCAGAGCAAGCUCUGGAGGGUGAAGAGGCAAGACAUGGCGAGCGACUGAUUCAGUUCGCCUCCGAGAAUCUAGUUACGGAAAUAUUAAUCCAUCCUGUUAUAAGUACGCUAGUACAAUGUAUGAGGAAUUUACUAAGCAGCUUCACUCGACAUCGUCACAUUAUCCACGCCGGAUAUACAUUUGCUGCUAAUGGAUCUUGGGCCCUACAGGACGGCACAUUUUCCUAUGCGGAUUUUGCAGAGGCAUUUCUAGAAAUAGAAACGCAGCGAGUGAUACAUGCCUACGAAAAUGGAAUAUCUCUGGAUCUCCAUUGCUCCCCAGAAGGCGACUGGUGUAAAUUGCCCAAAGAAUCGUUUACCAAAGGCUGUAAUGUGCGUGUCAAUCCCACAGACGUGCUUACUUGUGGAUCUCCGUCUAUCACAGGAUUUAUCAAUUAUGUUUCUCAAUUUCUAAUUCCAAUGUCUUUAGAAAACCUUUUACAGUGUUCAGACGUGGUAGGAAAUAUAAGAUUCUCCCGACCGACGCUCUAUGUUUUUCCUGGAGGGCAAGGAGAUGCCGCCCUUUUUGGAGUCAAUGGAUUCAAUAUGCUCUUAGAUGGUGGAUUCUCUAGAAAAGCCUGUUUCUGGGACUUCGUAAGACAUUUAGAUAGAUUAGAUGCUGUACUAAUGACAAGACUGAAUAAUAGCAACAUAGGAGGGAUUAGCUCCAUUUUAAGGAGAAAAAGAAAAGAUGCCGUGUACCCUCAUCUAGGACAUUUCUUCUGUAAUAUCCAGGACAGAAAGACUAUAUUAAGCCCCGAUGGAGAUAAAGAUAGGGAUCCCUUGCUAAUCGAUCUCCUAAACGAGGGUCAGGAGAUUAUAUCGAACCUGCACCACUUGAACCUGAACCCUCAGACCUGUUAUAGAGACCCAGAACCAAUUAAUUUAUAUCACAAAGUGGGCCACGGCACUUUGAACAUGUAUGUCCUUAAUCCUGCCAAAGAUUCAAAAGAAGUUAAAGAAUUUAUCCAAAGAUGGAACCAAUGUGAUCAAAAACUGUUCAGUAAACAGCAAACAACAAAAUUUAGUUUUCCCGUACAAAAUCUAAUUUCUAUAGCUGUUCUUUUAAUUUGGCAACCGGCCAACAUCAGCGAUACAAUAACAAGAAUUUUGUAUCCUGGAAGUAGUCCCCAGCAAAAAAUUUUUGAAGGUCUCGAAAGAUUGAAAAACAUAGAAUUUGUUAAGCAGCCUGUGUGUUCAGAAAAAUCGUUAUUUUCUAAGUUUGUAGCAAAAAAAUCUGCUAAGCACGAUACCACGGAAAAAGUCAUCUUAAAAGACAAACCUGCAGAGAGAAAAGAAAAAUUGGUUGUCGAUAACAACAUCAAUGCGUUCGGUGGUGAAAUCAAGGAAAGAAAUGUAAAAAAGUCUGACUCUUUAGAAAGCGAACGUGCAAGAAACAAGAAGAUAGAGGAAAACAAGAUUAUUACUGAGAAUAAUGAAAAACUUAAAAUGAAGACUAAAAAAUUUAAAAUAAAGAAUGACUUGCAACAACGAAAAAAGUCCGUUGAAAAAACUGAUUCACCUACCACUCCCAAAAAAUCGAUAGAUCAGGAAGGACCAAAGAAAACUAUUACAAGUACACCAGCUAAGAGUACCAAAGAUGCCAACAACAGGAAAGUAAUUGAGAACAAAGCAAAAUCACUAAAAUCAGCUGCUGAACCUAGAGCAAAGUUAGAAAAGAAAACUAUAGCUAAGAAGCCGAAAACCUUACCGAAAACUCCUAUAAGUCCCGCCAAACGAAUGACGAAUGGUUUACAGAAAGUUGACAGAAUUUCAGACAGACAGAAAGCGAAAUUAGAAAAAGACGGUACAACAGAUUCCAGCACUGUUAGUACACCAACUGCGGAUCAAGACAGCUUAAAAAAAGAUAUUUCAAAUUUAAGUUCAGAACAGAUCCAGCAAUUGAAAGCCCAGGAACUCGCGGAUUUACAAGAAGAACAGGAAGCUAUAAAAGAGAUUGAGGCAGUGUUCAGAAAAGGUGAGGCGCACAUAAAUGGAAACGAAAAUAUGAGGAAGGUCAAAAGUAUUUCCAUAGAUGAAGACAAAAGCGAAAAGGAAGAGUACCUUAUAAUAGAAAGGGAAGAGACCGAUUUCUUGGAUGAAAAGGAGAAAAAAGAAAUUGAGUUCCAAAAACUAACCAAAGAUAACGAGGAAUCAGAAAAGCAAAAAGGCUUAAUAAUCGAGGACAAUGAACAAAAUCAGCAAAGUAUAAAAGAGGCAAAAACUGUUGUUAAAACCAAGGAAAGUGUAGAUGCAGUCACUAAAGACGCUGUAAUAACUAGUCAAGAGGAGAAAGUGGAAAUUCUUUCAAGUGAAAAGAAGUCUGACAAGGAAGCUGAAGUUAAGGAUAUUGCGGAGUCUCAUCCAGAUGAAAAAAUGUCUGCCAAUAUUAAAUCUGGAGACACGACUACUGCUCCUACUUUGCCUGAAGACGAAAGAAUACCACUAGAUGAGAUAAAGGAAGACAACGGUUAUCCUAUCGAAGAAAAAUAUGUUAGAGAGGAAACGAAGGAAAAAGGCCUUCCAAUUAUACAAUUACCCGCGAAAACUUUUGAUAGUGUUCCUAAGACACCAGGAGUAGUAGGAAUACGGCUUGACAAACAAAGCCACAUAAGAGACAUCGUUAAAACACCAGAUGAAGUUGCCGAUUUACCUGUGCAUGAAGAAGUUGAUUACGAAUACGCUCAUGAAAGUAAGACUGAAAUAAAAAUCAAUGAUGCUAUAGUAGAGAACGUAAAAAGUAAUGAGGAUGAAAUGCGCGAAUCCAAAGGCGAGGAAAAGGAAACAGUAGAAUGCCCAGCAAAAGAAAUAUAUGAAAAAGCAGAUAAGGAAGUUAUGGAGACAAAACCGAAAGAACUUUUAGAGGAAAAGGAUCAAGAAAUUGAUGUAAAGACGACUGAUUUAGACGUUGAUAAGUCCCAAAAACAAAGUGUUACGAAAGACAAAGAAAUACAGAGUAAGGAAGGAGAAUCACAACUUACCCACGAUAUUGUGAAGACUGAAGCUGCUGCAAAGGAUAUAAAGCAAGUAUUAGGGACAGAACAAGAAAUAAUCACCAAAACAGAAGAAACUAGUGAAGACAUAAAGAAAUUAGACCAACCUCAUGAAGAAAUACAAUUAAAAGAAGACUCUAAAAAGGAAGACAUUUUAAAAUUUGAAGAAGAAAAGAAAGAUAGUGACAAAAAUAUUAUUGACAGUUCAUCAGUUAAAUCCGAACAUGUAGAAUUGACUAAAGGUGAUAUAGAACAGGAUAAAGUAAUAGAACAUGAAAUUAAAGAGAAAUCUGAACCUGAACAAAUUAAAAAGAAAGACACUGGAACAGAAGAGGUUUGCAAGUCCUUAGAAGAGGAAAAAGCUAGUGAUAAAAGUAGUACUGAUCAUCACUCAUCAUCAUAUAAGCUUGGAACAACUGAAUUAACUAAAGAACAAACCAAACAGCACGAAGAAGUAGAAGAGAAACAGCAGAAAGAAAAAUCACAUGAAAUGAAAGAUAAGUCUUCUGUAUCUUUACAAAUUGAAAAAGAAGGGUCUACACUAAAAGAGAUUUCCAAAGUCGACGAAGAAAAAAAAGAUAGUGAGAAAAGUACUACUUCUUCGGGUAUAUCCGGAGAAACAGAACAUAAAGAACAGCACGAGAAAGUAGAAGAGAAACCGCAAGAAGUUAAAGAGGAAUCUGUCAAGCCUGAACAGAUUAAAAAGGAAGACUUUGAAAAAGAACAGUCCAAAGAAAUAGAAGAUAAACAACAUGAAAUGAAAGAGGAACCUCAUGCAUCUGAAAACGUAGAAAAGGAAGACUCUAAAGCAAAGGAAAUUUCCAAGUCCGAGGAAGAAGAAAAAGUUAGUGAUAAAAGAAUUACUGAAGCUUCAUCAUUUAAAUCUGGGGAUAUUGAAUUAAGUAAAGAACAAACAAAACAUCACACAGAAAUAGAAGAAAAACAACGUGAAAUGAAAGAGGAACCUCUUAUAUUUAAAAAAAUGGAAAAGAAAGUCUCUAAAUUAAAGGAGACUUCCUCGUCUGAGGAAGAAGAAAAGACUAGUGAUAAAAGUAUUACCGAAACCUCGUCAGUUAAAUCUGGAGAUACAGAAUUAAGUAAAGAACUCCUAGGACAUGACGGAAAAAUAGAAGAGAAACAUGAAAUAAAGGAGGAACCUCUUAUAUUUGAAAAAAUGGGAAAGAAAUAUUUUAGAACAGAGGAAAUCUCCAAGUCCGAAGAAGUAGAAGAGAAUAGUGACAAAAGCAUGGUAAAAGAACAUACAAAGCAGCACGAAGUAGAACAUAAACAGUACGAAGAAAAACCACACGAGAUAAAAGAGAUGUCUUCUAAAGCUCAACAAAUAGAAAAGGAAGAGUCUACGAUAAAAAAGAUUUCGAAGUUCGAAGAAGAAAAAAAAGAUAGCGUCAAAAGUACCACUGAAAUUUCGUCAGGUAUAUCCGGAGAAACCGAAUUUACUAAAGAAGAUAAAGAACAGUACGAGGAUAUUGAACAAAAACCACAAGAACUUAAUGAGAAAUCUUUUGUAUCUGAACAAAUUGACCAGAAAGAUUCUAACAAAGAAGAGGUUUCCAAGGACGAAAAAACAGAAGAGGGUAGUGAUAAAAGUAUUAUUCAAACUAAAUCAAAUCUAACUGAAUUGAGUAAAGAACAUACAAAACAGCAUCAACAAAUAGAUGAGAAAUUAGAUGAAACAAAAGAUAAGCUUCCUAUAUCUGAACAAAUGAAAAAGGAAGACAUAAAACCAGAAGAAGUUGUCAAGUUUGAGCAACAAAUAAAAGAUAUUGAUAAAAGUAUAAUUGAAACCCAGUCAUUUAUAUCCGCAGAAACUGAAUUAAUUAAACAACAUGAUCUAGAAGGAACAGAAGGGGAAAUGAAACCGCAUGAAAUAGAGGAAAACAUUUCUAUAACUCAACAAAUUAAAAAGCAAGCUGAACAAAGUGAUGUCACUAAAGAUGAAAUGAAAGAGAUUCCCUCUAUACUAGAGAAAGGUAUAAUGGAAGAUUCUAAAAUAGAAGAAAUUCAUAAAUUUGGUGAAGAAAAAGAAAGCAGUGAUAAAAGUACUACUGAAAUUUCUUCAUUCAAUUCUGGGGAAACUGAAUUAGCUGAAAAACAUACACAGCAGUACGAGAAAGAUAAACUUUCUGAACAGAUUAAAGAGAAAGAAUCUGAAACAGAGGAGGUUUGCAAAUCUGAGGCAGUAAAAAAAGGUGGAGAAAUAGAAGAGAAACCGCAACAAAUUCAAAAGGAAGACUCUAAAAUAGAACAGAUUUCCAAGUUUGAAGAAGAAAAAAAAGAUAGUGGUAAAAGUUUCGCUGAAACUUCAUCUGAUAUAUCAGAAAAAACUGAAGUGAAAGAGAAGUCUCCUUUGUCUCAACAAAUUGAAAAUGAAGACUCUAAAAUAGAAAAGACGUCAAAGUUUGACGUAGAAAAAUAUAGUGAUAAAAUUAUUUCAGAACAUACAGAAGAGCACGAGGCGAUAGAAGAAAAAGCACAUGGGGUGAAAGAAGUGUCUCUUAUAUCUGAAAAAAGAGAAAGAAAAGAUUCUAAAACACCAGAGAUUUCCGAAUCUGAAAAAGAAAAGCCUACUGCAAUUUCGUCUUCUAAACCACAUGGAGUGAAAGAAGAAUCUCUUAUAUCUGAGAAAAGAGAAAGAAAAGACUCUGAAACACCAGAGAUUUCCAAAUCUGAAGAAGAAAAGCCUACUGCAAUUUCGUCAUCUAAAUCUGAAAAAAUUGAAUUGAUAGAACACUCAGAACAGUCCGAAGCCAUAGAAGAGAAAAAACAUGAAGAGAAAGAAGAGUCUCAUAUAUCUGAGAAAAAGGAAGAGAAAGACUCUAAACCAAAGGAAAUUUCCAAGUCUGAAGAAGAAGAAAAGGCUAGUGAUAAAAGCAUUAUUGAAACAUCAUUUAAACCUUUAGAUACCGAAUUAAGUAAACACACAGAACACAUCGGAAAAAUAGAAGAGGAACCACAUGAAAUUACAUCGAAAUCUUCUGUAGCUCAAGAAAUUAAAAAGGACGACUCGAAAAUAAAAGAAAUUUCUAAGUUUGUCGGUGAAGAAAAAGGUAGUGACAAAUGUACUGCCGAAACUUCACCAGUUAAAUCAGGAAAAACAGAAUUAAUUAAAGGACAUACAGAACACUAUGAAGAAAUAGAAAAGAAGCCAAUUGAAAUGAAAGAAGAAUCUUCUGACAAAAUAGAAAUAAAAGAUUUUAAAGCAAAGGAUAUUUCUAAGAUUGAAGAAGAACAAGAAGAUAGCUGUAAAAGAAUUGCUGAAACGUCAGUCAAAUCUGAAAAAAUUGAAUUAAUCGAAGAACAUACAGAACAUCACGACGAAAUACAAGAUAAGCAAAAUGAAAUAAAAGAGGAAUCACUUUUAUCUGAAAAAGUGGAAAAGAAAGAGUCUGAAACAAAAGAAAUUUCCAAAUCUAAAGAUAAAAAAGAAAAAGAUAGUGAUAUAACUAGUGCUCAAAUCUCACCGAUUAAAUCUGGAGAAACUGAUUUUAUUAAAGAACAUACAGAGCAGUCUGAGAAAAUAGAAGAGAAACCACAUGGAGCGAAAGAAGAAUCUCAUAUAAUUGACAAACUGGAUGUGCAAGACUAUAAAAUAAAGGAAAUUUCCAAGUCUGAAGAAAAAGAAAAAGGUAGUGAUAAUAGUAUUGCUGCAAUUUCGCCAAUUAAAUCCGGUAAAAUUGAAUUAACUAAGGAACAUAUAAAACAGCCUGAGGAUGUAGAAGAGAAACCACAUGGAGUCAAAGAAGAAUCUCAUAUAUCUGAAAAACAAGACGGAGAAGACUCUAAAAUAAAGGAAGUUUCCAAGUCUGAAGAAGAAAAAGAGGGUGAUAAAACUAUUGCUGAAAUUUUGGCAGUUAAAACCGAAAAAAAUGAAUUAAUUAAAGAACACACAGAGCAGUUUGAGGCUAUAGAAGAGAAACCUUAUGCUAUAAAAGAAGAAUUUCAUAUACCCGAAAAAUUGGAUAUGAAAGAUUCUAAAAUAAAGGCAGUUUCCAAGUCUGAAAAAGAGAAAAAAGAUAGUGAUGAAAGUAUUGCUGAAAUUUCAACAGUCAAGUCCGGAAAAAUUGAACAUACAGAAGACCAUAAGGAUAUAGAAGAGAAACCACAUAGACUGAAAGAAGAAUCUCAUGUAUCUGAAAAAUUGGACGUGAAAGACUCUAAAAUAAAGGAAGUUCCCAAGUUUGAAGAAGAAAAAUGUGAUGGUGAGAGUAUUGCUGAAAUUUCGGCGCUUGGGUCUGAAACAAUUGAAUUAACUAAAGACACUACAGAUCAAUAUGAAGAAAUAGGGAAGAAACCACAUGCAAUAGAAGAGGUAUCUCUUAUACCUGAAGAUAUGGAAAAGAAAGGCUCUAAGACAAAGGACAUUCCUCCUAAGUCAGAAGAAGAGGAAGGUAGUGAUAAAAGUAUUGUUGAAACUUUCUCAUUAAAAUCUGGACAAAUAGAUUUAAGUAAAGAGCAUACAGAGCCGUGUAAUGAAAUAAAAGAACAACAUGGAAUGAUAGAGAAAACAUCUGAAGAAAUUAAAAAGGGAGAUUCCAAAAUAGAAGAGAUUUCUUUAUGCGAAAAAAGUAGUGACAAAAGUAGUACUGAAACCCCGGCAUUUAAAUCUGAACAAAUAGAAUCAACUAAAGAAUUUAUACAACACGAAAAAAUUGGAGGGAAAUUACAUGAAAUGAAAGAAGAAUCUACAUCCGAACAACUUAAAAAGGAAGACCUAAAAAUGAAAGAAGAAUCCAAGCUUGAAGAAAAAAAAGAUAGUGAAACGUCGCCAUUAGGGGAAAUUGCAUUAACUAAAGAAGAAAAGGACAAAAAAGUAGAAAGUAAAAUACACGAAAUGAAAGAAGAAUCUUCUAUAUCUGAACAAAUAACGAAAGAAGAUUCUAAAAUAGAAUUUGCUGAAAAAGACAAACAAUCCAAGUUAAUCAGAGACGGUCUAGAAGAGUUUGAAGAAAAACCACAGGAAAUCAAAGAUUCUGUAUCUGAACAAAUUAAGAAAAAAGAAGUAGAGCACAGUAAAGAAACUCCAAAAUAUGAGGACGAUAAAAUUCAGCCAAAGGAAGUUAAAUCUGAAGUAUUAGAUAAAAAAACAACUGCUGAACAGAUAAUUGAAGAAGAAUUGAAAACUAGAGAAGCAGAUGAUGAUGAUACAGAUGAAGAAAGAUCAACGGAUAAAAUAGAAACGGUAGGAAAAUUGCCAAAAGAUCGCGAAGAAGAUGUUAUAAAGAUAGUAGCUACUGUCGCUGAAGUAUUAAAGUCAGAUGCCCCAUUGGAGGAAUUUGAAGGAAAGCUACCUAUAAGUUUUGACGCAUGUAAAACUGCAUAUGUUACAGAACUAAGAGAAACACAUAUUACAACAACUGAGUUACCAGACGAAACUGGUAUUCCACCAAUUCCAGAAGAGUCAUCUACUUCUCUACGUAGCGAAACUGACGAAGAAAUUAAAAAAUCUUUUGAAGAAGCAGUUACUAUUCCCAAAAUUCUACCUGAUGAUAUUAAAGAAGCCCUAGAGAAAGAGUUGUCUGACAUUGAGGAUCAAAAAACCGUACAAAGAAUGUUAGUUACGGCCUCUAGUGAAGAUGGAGGAGAAGAAAUUGAAAUUUGUCCAGUUGGUACUAUAAUAUUUUCUAAAAGUUCGGAGAGUUCAGGCCGAUCUUCCCCUGAAAAGUCACAAGAGUCCAAAAAGUCGUCCAUCGUCGAUACAAUUUCUGAUUCACUUACUACAGUGAAGCAGUAUACAGAAGCAGAACUAGAUGCAGAUAUUGGUAAUGUUAACUCUGAACAAGAUUACCUAAUAUCUGAUGAUAGAACUAAAGACAAAGAAGAGGUGACGUCUUUAGGAGACAUGGCCAUUGAACAGACCGAUCAAAAGUAUUUGAAAGAAGAUAUGGAAGAUGGGAUGGAAGACGAAUUACAAAAAGAGGAAAUCAAAGAGGGAGAACAAAAAGGAACAGAAAUUUCUUCCUAUGUUAGAGAUGAAAAAUUAACUGGAGAAGUACAUUUACCAGAAGUAUGUUCCAAAAUAGUGGAUGGAAAGGAAGAAGAAGAAAUGGAAGACACUAAAAUUAAACCACACAGUGAAAAGGAUAUUUUAUCAAGUUCGGUAGAAGGUAUAAAAGAUUCAUCUACAUCGAAAGUUAGUGAAACUAUAUCUGAUAAAACAGUUGAAGCAAAGGGCAUUAAAGAGGAUAGUACUGUUUCAGAAAAACCAUUAGAAUUGAAGUCAACCGAAAAAGUUAAAGAUAGUGUAGAUGUAGGUAUUGACGAAAAAAGAACUGCUCCCACUUCUGAUAUAACCACUGCAGUUAUUGAUAUUAAUGGGGAUCAUACCCUUCCAGAAAAAGAGUUGCCAAUAAAACCUAAAGACUAUGUAGAUAUGGGUCAAUCAGUUAGUGAUAAAGUUCACACAAUUGCUUUUAGAGAUAUUCCAGAAAAAUCAUUAGAUAAAAAAACCGAAGAUCAUGCAGAUAGAAUAAUUCAUGAAGAUUCUUCCCCUCCCACUCCUCCAGAAAAAUUAUCAGGAUUAAUCACAAAAACUGAGGUAGAUGUGGCAAAACCGGUUGAUGAAGACAAAAAAAUUAUUUCAACCUCUGAUAUAUCCCAUUCUGAAAAGGAGUUACCUAAAAAAAUUGAAGAUCAUGUAGAUGUGGAUGGAUCAGUCGAUGAAGAUAAAAAAAUUGCUUCGACUUCUGAUAAACUUCAUGCAAUUGAUUUUAAAGGUGAUAAGGUUCAUCCAGAAAAACUACUAGAGAUGGGGGUAACUGAAGUUCAUGCAGAUGUAAUUAAAUUAGCUGAUAAAGAUAAAAAAUCCGUUCCUACUUCUGAUGUGUGUUCUGAUCCGUUAGACCAAAAAGCAAGUGAAUCUGCAACAGAAACAAAGAAAAUGGAUCAUACAUGUGAAAUUUCAGAUGGAAGUAAAACUCCGAUUGAAAAAAGUGAAGACGAAAAGGAAAGAAAAGAAGAUAAACACGACUUGGUGACAGAAACGGUUACGUCCUUGUUAGGUAAAAGUGAGAAGGAAGGUAGUAGUGAAAUCGACAUGAAAUCUGGAUCUUCUAAGGAAAUUAAACAACCCGUUCAAGAGUCAGAGAUUGUUCUUCAAAAAGAAAUCGGAAGAGAAGGUCAGAAGCAGGAUGAUAAAGAUUUUAAAAGUCAGGAUAAAAGAGAUUUAAGUGAAUCUGUGUUACAAGGUAAAUCUAUUGCUCCUCCCCCUGAUGCGGUGAGUUCAGAUGAAUCUGGAAAAAGUAGCGUGACCAAGGAUGUGAAGGAAAAACCUAAAACAGAUUCUACACCAUUAGAUACAUUUUUUGAAGAUUCAGUAUUAAAAGAUAAGAGACAUAGCAAAGACACUGACUUAAUGUGCGAAUCAUUCUAUGGGACGUUGCCUGGUGACGAAAGUGAGGAAUCGGAAGAGUCUCAGCUACCACCAUCAUGUUUGUAUGAACUAACAAACGCUAAAUACAUUUCUGAAUGUUCCGCGAGCACAGCAGAUAAGAUCGAUGCAAGUGAAGGUGAAAAGUCAGAAACAGAAAUUUCUAAGACUGCUGACACGUCUUCUGAUAAAAUACAAAAAGAGUCCGCUGAGGCUGGGGAAUGUUUGGACAAUAAGUUAGAAGCGAAGACAUCUUCCCUGUAUUUAUAUGAGCUGACUAAAGCAAAAGAAUACAUAAGGAGCAGAGUUGGUAGUGAAAGUGAAAAAAAGGCUGAUAAAAUUGCUUCGUGGGGUAAACCUCUUGGUCUUCCAAGCCCUGCCCCAAUGACUGACAAUAAAGGUACUCCGAAGAAAGAAAGGAAGCUUCCAUUAAAUAUUUCAGUUAAAAACAAGUGGAACGACGACAAGAAGAGAUCUGAAUCGCCGUCGAAAACAAAAAAUAAAAAAUUGUGUCCAAUCUACGUAGAUUUAACGUAUGUUCCGCACCAUGGUAAUUCGUAUUAUUCAUAUGUAGACUUUUUUAAAUUAGUUAGGGCGAGAUACUAUGUAUUUUCUGGUACAGAACCCGGCAGAGAAGUAUAUAAUGCACUACUUGAAGCCAAACAAACUUGGGAUGACAAAGAAUUAGAAGUAACAAUCAUUCCCACGUACGACACUGACGUGCUGGGCUAUUGGGUUGCCGAAAAUGAAGAAUUGUUGACGAAGUGGAAAAUAGAUUUGUCCCCCUCUGCAUCUCGUUGCACCAUAAAUUUACAAGACCAUGAAACGUCAUGUAGUGCUUAUAGAUUAGAAUUUUAAAAUUGUAUUAUUUUUAGUUGUAAUAAAUAGAUAUAGUGAUACAUUUUCACAAAGAAAAAUAUUUAAUUGAUGUGAAUAUGUAGUAAUACUAAUUCAUUAAAUUAAUGCUAGUUAUCACUAAACGGC